UCCUCGAUGCUAGCGAAUGUAAUGAAUCAGCGCCUGCCUGCAAACCCUCACGCCUACAUCAAAUCUGGGUCCCUGGUUUGGGGAGAAGAGGAGGUGGAGGAGGAGGAAGAGGAGGGAGUAGAGAGAGAGAGAGAGAAAAAAAGCCACGGAAUCACUCGCCAGCCUCUCUUUUGUAGAGCGAGAUGCCGCACCUGGUCGCGGGCUUUCCUGCCAACACCAUCUACCUCAGAUGAUCAGCCGUGGCCUGUCUUUGAGUGACCGAGCGUCCGGGCUGCGUGGGUCUGCAGUGCGAUGCGAUGCUGGCUGGCAGCAUGCUUCCUAACCGAGGAGCCGAGCGCCGAGCAGCAUAGAGGAGGCGGCGGAGAAGAGCAGCGCGCGCAGUCGCAGCGGGCUGUUGCAGCAGGGCGGCAUCAUGGAAGCUGGAUGCGUGGUUGCCGCGGUGAUUGAGAAUGCUGCCUCAGGACCCCGGGGAGAACCAGGAAGUAGUGACGUCCUUGAGGGUGACCCGACCCCACCUGCUGACCUCGACAAAAACGAUGCCUUACCUCAAGCUACCAACAUUAAUUCUCCAGAGGAGAAGCAGCCACAGGAGACAUCCACUGCCGCGGUGAAGAGCGAUGACAUCACAGAACACCAGGCCGAGCCCCUCCUGCGCUCCUGCGUCAGCACGGCGAGUAUGAAGGUCAAGAACAUGAAAAAGCUAACGUUCCCCAGAGGUCACUUCCCCAGAUUGGCAGAGUGUGCCCAUUUCCACUAUGAGACUGUCGAUUUUGGCAACGUUCAGUUGGCCUUGGCAGAGGGGCAAAGCGAGGGACCGAAGCCCGGUCUGGACUCCAAAGAACUCGUCUUUCUCGUCCAGAUCACUUGCCAGGCUCGAAACUGGCUGGUGAAAAGAUCCUACGAGGAUUUCCGAGUGCUGGACAAACACCUGCACCUGUGCAUCUACGACCGCCGUUACUCCCAACUCACCGAACUGCCACGCUACGACACCUUAGAGGACACUGUUGAGUCAGUCACCACAAUGCUGACUAGCUACCUGUCACGCUUCUCUGCCAUCGCGGACAACAAAAUCAACUGUGGUCCUGUGUUAACAUGGAUGGAGAUCGACAACAAGGGCAACCAUCUGCUGGUUUCUGAAGAAGCUUCGAUCAACGUCCCCGCCAUCGCUGCCGCCCACGUCACCAAACGGUACACGGCUCAGGCCACCGACGAGUUAACCUUCGAGGUCGGGGAUAUUGUGUCUGUCAUCGACAUGCCGCCUAAAGAAGACACGGGCUGGUGGAGAGGGAAGCAUGGCUUCCAGGUCGGGUUCUUCCCCUGCGACUGCGUGGAGCUGAUAAACGAGAAGAUCCCACCCAGCGUUCAAAACUCAGUGCCAAAGCCAGUGUGCAAGAAGCACGGGAAGCUGGUGACCUUCCUGAGGUCGUUCAUGAAGUCUCGGCCGCCGCCGCAGAAGCUGCGGCAGCGCGGGAUCCUCAGGGAGCGAGUGUUUGGCUGCGACCUGGGGGAGCAUCUCCACAACUCAGGACACGACGUCCCGCAGGUCGUUAAAAGUUGUGCAGAGUUCAUCGAGAAGAUCGGCGUCGUGGAUGGGAUCUACAGACUCUCAGGGAUUUCCUCCAACAUCCAGAAACUGAGGCACGAGUUUGACUCUGAGCAGAUCCCAGACCUGAGCCGAGAACUGUUCCAACAGGACAUCCACUCUGUGGGCUCCCUGUGCAAGCUGUACUUCAGAGAGCUGCCCAACCCGCUGCUCACCUACCAGCUCUACGACCGGUUCUCGGAAGCUGUGUCUGCAGCCACAGACGAGGAGAGGCUGGUAAAAAUCCACAAUGUCAUCCAGCAGCUGCCGCCUCCUCAUUACAGGACGCUGGAGUACCUCAUGAGGCACCUUUCCCGUUUGGCCACCUUCAGCUCUGUCACCAACAUGCACACUAAAAACCUGGCCAUUGUCUGGGCGCCGAACCUCCUCAGGUCCAGACAGAUUGAGUCGGCCUGCUUUAGUGGCACGGCGGCCUUCAUGGAGGUGCGGAUCCAGUCGGUGGUGGUGGAGUUCAUCCUCAACAACACGGAGUCCCUUUUCAGCACAAAGUUAAAUUCUAUUUUAAGAGAAAGCACUGGUAACAACACCUUAUCAAGACCAAAGUCUCUUAUGGUUUGCUCCCCGUCCACAAAGCUGCUGUCUUUAGAGGAGGCCCAGGCUCGGACCCAGACGCAGCUCGGAUCUCCAGCCACAACCCCCUGCCUCUCCCACAGCGACUACAUCGAGGUCGGGGAGGGACCCGAAGCUCUACUGGGAAAAUUUCACACCGUCAUCGAACUGCCAAUGGAGAGUGGCAAGCGGCCUCUAGUGAAGUCGAAGAAGUCUCCUGUGGGGAACUGGCUGUCCUUUUUCCACCUGGGCAAGUCCCACUCCGUGUCCAAGCGUAAACUAAAGCGACACCCCAGUGAACCAAAUGAGAUAAAGAGCAUAGCACUGCCAGGAGGACGAGGAGAUAGCGGCACACUGCGGUCCACUAAAAGUGAAGAAUCUCUCACUUCUUUGCAAAAUUUAGGAGGAGGGCCUCCGAGUUACCGUCCCCUCAGACCUCGUUCGACCAGCGAAGCCGUUUCUGCCGCCAGCAGGGACGACCUGCACAACUCCAGAAACAAAGACGACCGCCGUGCUCACCAGCUGAACGACAGUAAACGCAGCGCCGACCGAGGCCGCGCAGCCGUUUCCCCUCACUACUCAGAGGACGACCUCGACCUUUCCCCGCCGGCUGCAGGCAUCUCGACCUUAGACUUCGACCCCAUGUCUUUCCAGUGCAGCCAGACUCCCGCGAUGCAUCGCGGCAGCAGGCGGAAGAAGAGCGCGGGGUGCCCCAACGAAUCUGAACCCGUCUCCUCCCAGAACAACGUCGGCUGCUCGCGGUCUCCGGACGACAGCCCGGUUCUGUGCAAAAGUGGAAAAAAAGUCGCCUUGAAGCACCUCUCGCCCAAAGUGAGGAAGAAAUCAUUAAAAAUGCUGGCAGAUGGUCAGACUCCCGUGCCUUCUUCUUCUCCCAACGUGGACAAGUGCGAGGCUUCGGCAGCAGACGGGAAACAGCCGAGAGCGUUGUUUCAGCACAGCAGCCCCAUCAACACGGCGAGUCAGGCGUCCGGCGUGACAGACCUCAGUCAGUCUGCCCAGAACCUCCCUGAUCCAGGAACAGAUAGACUUAUGAGUUCAGUCUCUGUUCUCCCUCCUCACCCUCCCUCGAUGAGUGCUGCGCGCAAGUUGGCUUUGGCCCUGGCGGAAUCUGCCCAGAAGGCCAGCAACGCGUCCCAAAGAAGAAGCCAUGCACACGACUGCAGGCCACAACGACCCUCCGUUCUUGACGUCAAAGUGCAUCCUCAGGAGUGCCGCGGUCCUCACGGUUCCCAGUGGCAAGCGGCUGCAGAGGCCCACCGCUGCCUUCACCCUGGCCAGUUCUCGCCUUCGCACCUCUACCCGGAGCCGCUGCAGGUUGCCGACAGUCAAGAAAGCGUGUGCAAUUUCACCCCUAACGUCAGCCCGCUCGGGUCGGGGAGUUUGGAGGAAGGCAGCACUGAAGGGAGGGAGCACAGAGAGGAACGAGAGUCGGAGGUCAAACAGGAACAUCACACUUACCAGAGUGUUGGAGUCUCGACGCCCUGCCAGCCUAUCGGCUCAGCAAGGAGCCCGCCAGCCUCUCCCGUGUAUGCCAACAUGGACUCUGUGGAUGCCUUUAACUUCAGAUCUGUCCUGGCGGAGUCGUCGAUGCCUGCCUCUAUCGAAGAGGUCUUCCCAAGACAGUUCCAGACCUCUUCGGCCCAUCCCUACAGCCCAGAGGACGACAGUCCUCCUGGCAUGCUUGAGGAUGUCUUCAGUAAUCACCAUCAUCAUCAUCAGCAGCAGCAGCAGUACCAUCACCGGCCGAUUCAUUCAGGUCGAACACCUACGCCUCACUACCCUCGGCCCAGCGCUCUGCCGCCGCACCUCUCUGCGCAUAAAGGCCUGUACAGGCAGUCGUCAGAGAGCCGCUACAGCUCUCUAGGUUUGAGACAACCGCUGUCACCUCAGUACAAGCGCUACCAGGGUGACUUCCACAGGCAGCAGGGGCAAUGGCAGAGCUCCGAGGACAGGGCAGUGAGAAACCCGGCCAUCCGGCGGGCACACUCUUUUCAUUCCCCACAGAUCAGUCAUUACGAGCUGGCGAACACAGAAAUCCUGCCGAUUGACUCCAUGCUUUAUGUGGAGCAGAAACUGAGCCCUGAAGUGCCAUAUCCAGAGCGAAUCCAGGCCGGCCUGAAGCCUGGACGGACACAGUUUGAGAACGUACACCCAGAACACCACUAUGGCCCCUAUUCCGACUCAAGUUCGGGAGAUCCAAGACCUCGUUAUUUCAUAGAUCCCCGUCGGCAAAGUGGCAUCCAUCGCCAUCAGACCUACACAGUCCACUCCACAAGGGAAGGUGAUCAGUCGGAUUACUACAACUACUCUCCACGCCACGCCUCUCCCGUGAAUAGGGAGCUUUACAUAGAAAGCAGAGACACUGUGGUUUAUGAGGCUCGAGAUGCAGAGGUUUUUGAAAGGGUUGUGUAUCAACCAGUUCAGCAAGAGAGACACAAAAGCACGUACCACUCCUUGUCUCCCUGUGAGGCCCCAGACUCACCAAGGGACAUAUUGCACACAAGGAGUAAGUCAGACCCCGGAAACGCCAACCUCCUCUCUGCCCACAACGUGGACAGCCAAACAGCCGUGGCCAUAUCGCCAACCAUCCCAAGAAUAAGGUCUCAGCAAGAAUACCCCGAGGUGUCCAGGCAAAGCAGGCAAAGCUAUGGCCAACGGUCUGGCGCAGAAUUUGGGCCGAUGAGACGGAUUCAUAUCAAAGAGGGCUACUCAAGGCAGCCACUCCUCCGCAAAGUCCCCUCGUUGCCAGAACGAGGCUGCCCCAACCUGAAAAGCAUCGAGCACACUCACCGAUGCCAAACGAGAGGCUUUGAACAGAAUCCAUCAGUGCUGGCUAGCGCUGCGAAACCCAGCAUCCUGAGAAGACCGGUGCGCUCGCAGAGCACCAGAGAACAUCGUCACUACUAUCAUUACCACUCCAAAUCUCCCCUGGAUCCCGAACAUCUGGAACCCUUCCCCACGCACCUCAGCAGACGGACUCAGAGCACUAAAGUCAAGCCCACACACUACGACCACAUGGAGGGGUAUUACGCCUCGCCAAGAUCUAAAUCCACCAGAUCCAGCAAAGCAGCCGCUGGAUAUUUACCUGGCCAGAGCUGCAUGUCUCCGCACGGACAGAGACUCCUGUCCAAUGUCCUGGGUCACGAGGCUUUUUAUCACCCCGCUCUUAGAUCAGAAGCUGGGGUCUAAGAGUGAUCUUAAACCACUGCUUUUAUAUCUGAUUCCAUGUUGGGGCCAAAGGACACCUGCACUUUAUCCUCAGGCAGACCGACAGACCGCUUUUUGUUUUUAACCUUUACGAGCUGCUAAAAGAAGUGUGAAGCGAGGCUGACGGUGAGGACUGUGCCGUUGGUACUUUUUUGUUACAUUAGCUUCCAGAAAAGUUUAACGGGAACAAACUGAUUGUUUUAACAUUUAACAUUUGGAAAUAGGUGUAAGAAGCAUGUUUGAGGAAAAAAAAAGUAUAUAUGUUUCGACUAUAUAACAAGGGAUAACAAGGUAAAUUCAUGUGAUUUAAUAACAUGAUUUUUAAGGAAUGUGUAUAAAAUAACUUUUUAAAAAAUGUAAUAUACUUACAGAUUUGGACAAAUAUAUUGGUACCCCUAAUAAAGAUGUGGAAAAGAAACUAGAAAAUAAAUAUAGAUUUUAUUGCAGAAGCAUAAUAUUACUCCACAAUACUAACCUUUAAUUAGGCCACAUACACAAUGUUCAAAGAAAUCACGGUUGAGAGGGUGACGACACAGCAGAACGCUUUGAAUUUCUUGAUCCCAACAUACGUAGACUGUUUUACACAAGAGCACAUCAGAAACAAGACACACAUCAAAGACACACAAUUAAGUUUCCACAAAACCCCAUUCAUUUCCUAAUUUUUCUAAACGCAUUUUAUUAAUAAGCCAGCAAACUUUGUUAGAAAAGGAAACAUUGUGAGAGCAUCUUAAAGAACUGCAACAAAGAGUCACUUGGAGUCACCAAGUCUGGACAACAACAGCCACUGGAAACUAUGUAAAGACUGAUUUGUUGUUGAAAAAGCUUAUUUAUGUACGUAUGUGGAGUUGCCUAAAUUUUACUUGGACUUUAACUGAAGCUAGCCUAGCUUGUUUCAUGCAUGGCUAGCAUGAAACAAGCUAGGCUAGCUUGUUUCAGCUUGUUUUAAAAACAAGCUACGUUAGCUUGUUUGAUGCUAGCCAACAAAUAAGCUAGGCUAGCAUGAAAGAAAGCAUGAACAAAAUUAAAAUAAAAUGAAACAAACUGACCUUGAGACAAACAAAAGACAAAUAGGAAGCAAUGUACAUCUGUGAAAACUACAGUGAUACUUUUAAAACGAUAAAUUCUCAAAACUAUUGAGUACAUAUUAAGAAUGUACUCAAAAUUUCUCUAAAAUAUUCAGCUUGAUUAUAUUCUGCUGCCCUAAAAAGAGAAUUUUAUUUUAAGGCUUUAAAUCACCUUUAGCAGGGGUACCAAUACGUUUGGCCGGCACUGUAUAGGAGUAACACACGUCUAACAUGUGGCCAACGUACUGUAUAUUUUUUUGUUUUCUAUCCAACAGUCUGCUCAGACUUCAACAAGCACUUUUCAGGAUAACUGUGUAUGAAACACAUUGUCUUAACAUGGUAUAGAUGGAGACAUAAAGCUUAUAUUUUUUCUGUAAGAAACAGCUUGCUCAGUCAUUGUUUAAUGCUAAAUGGCACUUUUCGGGGGCAAAAAUCGAAAGAUAACCUCACGGUUUCUAACUCUUCAGGGGUCGCUCACACAAGCUCUUCUUGUUUAAUGUUAUCUAAAAGCAGUGGGUGCUGUAUGAUUUCUGUUCAAGUCAAAGCUACCGUGGCUAAAUAUGCUGGAUUUAAGGCAAGUCAGCUCAUGCUUUUAGAUAUAUAUAUAUAUAUA